CAGAAAUCGCACGAGUGAAGGAAUUCCGUGAGCGCGCUCUCUCGGCUGUACGGCUGCUUCGUGAUUUCACAGCGGAGUAACUGCACAGCAGAUACACGUUUGAACUUUUCCCCUCCGUCUCCCGGCCGAGGUGCACGCAGUGUUUGCUUUCAGCGUUUGUUUAGCAGCUAAAUGACACCGGGGCUGGUGGCUGUCGCUGAGAUCUGCUCACUAGUAGCGUCGGCUGCUUAAAGACGGAGGUGCUUCUCAGAGAGCUGAGUGGUUAAAACCAGUUCUGGUUAAUUUGCAGAAUCUUGAAGCCUGUACCAGGUCCUUGAGAGAGAAAACUACAUGACACUACACCAUGAGUGACAGUAAAUGCGAUAGUCAGUUUUACAGUGUUCAAGUUGCAGAUUCAACAUUCACCGUACUAAAACGUUAUCAGCAAUUGAAGCCCAUAGGAUCAGGGGCACAGGGCAUUGUUUGUGCUGCGUUCGAUACAGUCCUUGGAAUAAACGUCGCUGUGAAGAAGUUGAGUCGUCCUUUUCAGAAUCAAACCCACGCAAAAAGAGCUUACAGAGAGCUUGUUCUUUUAAAAUGUGUCAAUCACAAAAACAUAAUUAGUUUAUUAAACGUAUUUACACCACAGAAGUCACUAGAAGAAUUUCAGGAUGUAUAUUUGGUUAUGGAGCUGAUGGAUGCCAAUUUGUGCCAAGUUAUUCAUAUGGAAUUGGAUCACGAAAGAAUGUCUUAUCUCCUUUACCAGAUGCUAUGUGGCAUCAAACAUCUCCACUCAGCUGGUAUCAUCCACAGAGAUUUGAAGCCCAGCAACAUAGUAGUAAAAUCAGAUUGUACACUUAAAAUCCUUGAUUUUGGCCUGGCAAGAACAGCGUGUACUAAUUUUAUGAUGACUCCAUAUGUAGUAACACGAUAUUACAGAGCACCAGAGGUUAUCCUUGGAAUGGGAUAUAAAGAGAAUGUUGAUAUCUGGUCAGUUGGUUGCAUCAUGGGAGAAUUGGUGAAAGGUUGUGUGAUAUUCCAAGGCACUGAUCAUAUUGAUCAGUGGAAUAAAGUUAUUGAACAACUAGGAACGCCAUCAGCAGAAUUCAUGAAGAAACUACAGCCUACAGUGAGGAAUUAUGUAGAAAACAGGCCAAAAUAUCCUGGUAUUAAAUUUGAAGAGCUCUUCCCAGACUGGAUAUUUCCAUCAGAAUCUGACCGUGACAAGUUAAAAACCAGUCAAGCUAGAGAUUUAUUAUCAAAAAUGCUUGUAGUAGAUCCAGACAAGAGAAUUUCCGUAGAUGAAGCCUUACGUCAUCCCUAUAUUACUGUUUGGUAUGAUCCAGCUGAAGCAGAAGCUCCUCCACCUCAAAUUUACGAUGCGCAACUGGAAGAGAGGGAACAUGCAAUUGAAGAAUGGAAAGAAUUAAUAUACAAAGAAGUAAUGGAUUGGGAAGAAAGAAGCAAGAAUGGUGUGGUAAAAGAUCAGCCCUCAGAUGCAGCAGUGAAUAGCAACACCAGUCCUUCCCAGUCAUCAUCUAUCAAUGACAUUUCAUCCAUGUCAACAGAGCAAACAUUGGCUUCAGAUACAGACAGCAGCCUUGAUGCCUUGACAGGACCCCUUGAAGGAUGCCGAUGAUCAGCCAGGAUUGCAGACCUAACUUUGGAAAAGAACUCUUGCUUCCAUUGGGCCUGAAUUGCUUGUAAGUUAAUGGAACAAAGUAGAAAAACUCCAUGUUCUGCAUGUUCUGCUAAAGUAAUGCCUGUUUUUAUGUUUACUCAGUUGUUAUGAAACUGCCUGCUUAAUGUUGUAGAAUGAAAGCAAAUCAAUGUCUAAGGGACAAAAAAAAUAAGUUUAGACACUAUUACAAUAUUUUCUUUGUUUCAGCCUAUUUCAGGUGAGCAGUUACAAUAGACUUCUAGCCAAUAACUUCUCUUGAGUGAGUUCAUGCAUCUUCAGUCCUAACUGGCAGGCUUUUGUGACAUCAAUGGUUGUUUACAUUUUAGUACAGUAUUGCUCAUUUGUAGGUUUUUUGAAUGUACAGUGUCUAUGAAGUUUGUUUUAAUGUGUGACUAUGGCAGUUUGCAUUAUUUAAUGACUGGGGUGUUGUGUGUAAGUGUUAACUCGCAUGUUGAACACUCUCAGUACUGUGUUUAAAGGGCAGUUACUUUUCCAUAUAGCACUUUUUUGGGGCCUUUUCUAUCUUCACUUCCCAAUGGUUCUAUCUUCUUGUAGAAGAGGACAACACAGUGUUCAAAGAGUAUAUCAUACCUUCAUAUUUCAUCAAUGAAUAUCUGACACUUUUCUAGUUAUUUAAACACGGAUGGAAGAUACAGUGGCUUAGUUCAGUCUUAAGGAAGGAUGGGUGACUUUUUGUGAAGCUGUGCCUGUUUAAAGGAGCUGAGAGUACUAAAUUGUUUUGUAUUUUUUUAGCUCGAGAUACUGAUCCUUUAACAAAAACAGAAAAAGAAAUUACAUGUGUGAUGCUCUUCAUUCAGUGACAGGUGAAUUGGAGAGACUUGCAGUCUAAGCGGCCUGAAAAAGAGCUGCAUAAAUGUUUUCCAUUUUUUUUAAUGGGUCCAUUCUAUCUAGUGAGUAAUUAAGAAAAUAAAAAUAUAGUAGCUUUGAAUCAUUUGUCAAUUAAUUGUUUACUUAGCAGAACUUAGCUCUAGUUCCAAAUUAAGAAAUCCUCUCUAUUUCUGCUGGGAGAGGAAAACAAUGUAUUUAAUACGUACAUUUUCUAAAUACUGUGUCAGAGGAGAGGAGAUUAUUUCUGUUUUAACACAGGCUUCUCAAUGCAGUUUUCAGGACUGUGUAACACAAACACCACCUGUGCAAUCUGUUACAUUCUUAGAAAAUGCUUGUGGUAGAGUAGGGCUUAAAUUACCAGAUACUGCACACCUGUGAAUUUGUGCACAGCCCUUCAGAGUAGUAUGCAGUUGUGUGAAGUUCUGCUAAAGGAUCUCGUGUGUGUGUGUGUGUGUGUGAUAAAACUGUAUGACUGUAACAGUAACAGAGAUGUGCAAGACAAGGUAAAACACUUUCUGAAAGGCACUGUAUUUAGCUGAUGAUCCAGAUACUGCUGACUUGACUAUAUACAGAGAACUUACAAAAUGUGCUGGCAUAGCUAGCUGCUGUGUUACUGAGAUGUCUAGUACACUCUUGUAGAAGAAAGCUGUCCCUUGUUUCUGACUUUAAGAUUUGAAAGCAGCAAUUUCUUCUAAUGCAAAAAUGGCUUUUAUGUUAUAAAUUGCACCCAUGUGGUUUUAAAUAGCUUAAUUUGGAGUAGAAAAAAAAAAUGAGAUUUUGCUGUCCCAGAAAAGAAAAAUGCGAUGCAAUGCUAUUAUGUUAACUUCAGAAUGUUCUUCUGCAAGUAUGAUUUUAUUUUUUCUAAAGAAAUCUGAAUUGUAGGAUAUUGAGGGCUUGGGUUUUUAGUUGUUGUUUGGUUUAAAACCAGUUUCUUUGGAUACUGAUGGUAUAUAUGAAAUAUUUUUAGUGCAUUUUUGUCACUGACAAAAAAAAAAUAUCUAAAAUACCUAUGACUGUAUAGCAGUACAGUACAGGUUGCUGUUCUUUUGUAUUUUUUUAAUCACUGUUAUAUGUGUAAGUUAAAAUUAUUAAAGAUGCCUAUUCAAAAUUACCAUUAGUGAUUUCAGACUAGCUGUGGUUUUUUCCCCUUCCUCUUUAGCCCAUCAAAAGCUGCAACCACUAUGGAAUGAAACUAAAAACAAGCAAAACAGGAAAAAAAAAAAACCAACAGAAAAACUAACAGUUGAAUUUCAGAAGUUAACUAUGCUUUGCUGAUUGUCUCUAGUAAUAUUUUCAACAGUUAUCAAUGACUUAACAGUUAUCAGUGGUGUUUAGCCAGUAGUUCUUUAUAAAGGGGUGACUUUCCUACAAACAAUCCACGUUGGUCAUCCACAGUUUCUGCCUGCCUUUUGUAGAAGGCUGCCUGAAGCCUUUGAAGAACAGUAGAAUACAGCAUUUUAUACAUGUCAUGUUACACUUGACAAAAAAGCUUUUUCCUUUGUGUGAACGUGAGGGACAGAGAUCUCCAGCAGUUGAUUUUAUCUCCUGCUCAAACAGCUGCAGAGCAAAUCUGUCCCACUUACCUGCAUGGUAACUGACUGGGUCUUUUCCUACUUUACACCAGAGCCAUCUGUAGAAGUUACUGCAGUGCAUUUUGAUAUCCUUGAUUCACUAUGGCAGUAAUCUUCUGGACUUUAUUUUUCAAGAUGUAUUUUUAGCUUUUCCAACUCAAGUUCUAUUGUACUUCAGUCAUCAUUUUAACCUUUACUGUUUCAGAAGGUUUAAUGCAACAAAGAUUUUUUUCAUGUCGUUUAGAUACCAGAUGGCCUCCAGGUCUCUUCCAACCCAAAUUACUCUGUGAUUCCAGUAGUUUUUUAAUGAUGAUUUUUGUUUUUGAACACAGAACUGCCCUAUCUGCAUGAUGUGAGCUGAUAUCUGACCUUCUCCUGGUAUAUGCUAUUAUCACACAUGUAGUAUUUGAACAAAAUAAGCCCUGAGAUUGAGCUUCCUUGUCAAUCUUUCUGUAGGAAAAGCUGUCCCAUACCUUAUUUUCUUAAUGGCUUCUUGUUAUCGCACACUUCGAAGCUUCUAAAUUCUACCAAAAUAUCAUUGCCUAUGGAGCAUGCAUGAGAUGAAAAGUCUGUGAAUAUUGGGGAUUUUGAUCCCAGUGUCAUUGAAAACCAACUGCUAGGAACCCAAAUAAACAUGCAUUUCUCAGAGAAGACAGAUAAGCAGAUUAUAUUCAGCAAAACACAUGCAGAAUAGAUGCAUGCUGAAGUUCCCAUGCUGUUCCAGUGUGCACAUAGAGCCUAUACACUCACUGCAUGCAGACUUGAAGUAUUCCUGGCUGCAGGUUAAGUUCGGUGCCACAUCUGUGUAAUGGCUGUGGAUGCUGUGAGAUCUCAUCACUGGUGGAAAACGAAAUGCACAUGUAACUUCACAGGGGUUUGAAAGUGUAGAGAGUUUGGCGUGCAAUAUAAUCACUUUUAUUCCUAAUACUAAAAUCAUGUAUGUAAAGUGAUGCAGUUGACCUUUUUUUUUUUUUUUUGCACUUUGGCAUUUAUAAAUAUUUAUGUGUAUUUAAAGAUUAAGAAUGUGUGUAUACAUAUGCAUAUAUAUAAUAGAAACCUGCUCAGUUUUGUAAACACAAAUGUUGACUUUUCAGUAUGAGAGACUUUGUUUAGUGUUAACACUACUGCAGUGAACAUAGGCAAUUUAUGAAAUACAACUAAAAGUUAGUGGUGGUCAACCUAGCUGCAAUCUGUAAUCUUAACUGCUCACCUGAAGAGAAAAAAAAAAAAAAGAGAAUCUAUGGCUGUUAAUCAGAUUCUUUACCAGAAACCUUGAUAGAUGUAUGAACACUGAGUAGCUGACUGGCAUUGCAGAAAUGGAGUAUGUUUUAAAGGUUUAUCUGUGCUGGUAUCAUUUUUCCUCAAAAAAAAAAACCAACCCCAAAACCCUUAGAAAGAGAACCCUGGCAUUUUGAAACCUGUAAGUGAGCUUUGAGGAAACAGUGUGAUAUGACAAGUUUUGUUUGUUUUAAUUGAAAAUGACAAAAACGCAAGAAACAAAUGUUAAAAUGAAGGCUUUGUCUGCACAGAGCAUACACAACAAGCAAGUCCGACUGGAACCAGUGUUUGCAAACAGCUUUUGGAGCUUUGUGUUGUUUCCUGCAAGGGUUUGCGUUGUCAAAAUAAUGAGAAUGGAACUCAGCCUAAGCUCAUAAUUAACUAAUUCGUUGGUAAGUUUCAAAACCUGUUCAGGACCAGAGGGCUUCUGUCUCUUUAAGUCCUAGCAGAGUAUAUAUAUGUUUAUUCAAAAUUAAGUGGGAGGGGGGAAAAAAAAAAUACCAUAUGUUUUAUUUUUCUUUCCUAAAGGAAGGACCUCAAAUGCUUAAUUGCAGUGCUGGAUUGGUUUCUAUUUGGCUUAUAGUUACAAUUUUACAAAUGGAAUAAGAUUUAGACAUUCAGGAUAAAACUGAGCCGCUGAGCCUCCAAGAAGGGAACGCUGCUUUGGGCAGCAGCACAGUCCCCUCAGUCAGUGUGCAAUGGAGUUGAGCUGUUGAGGUGCAGACAAAUCUUUCCUGAGCACAGUGCUGGUUCUGAACACAGGCUCGGUCUUGCGUGGAGCGUUUCAUUUGGAUUGUGACUCUUGAAAUGAAAGUACCAGAGUGGGAGGGGGGGGGUAACUGAUAAAACAGCCUUUGUCUGUAUGUUCCACGUAUGUCACAUGGAUUCUAUCAGGGCUUGAUGCUAAACGCAGUGAUGCUGUAUGCUGGGAGCCAAAUUCUUUCCUGGGAUGUAUGCUGUGUAAUUCCUGCUCGAAACCGGUUUUGAUGCGGGGAUACCUGCACCCAGAUGCAGAAUUUGGACUGAAGUUCCUAUAGGUGAAUCUAGUAACUUUGCUUUGCCACAGUGUCUUCAGUUUUGUUUUUUUUUAACACGUUCAAGGUAUGACAGAAAAAAAAAUGUAUUCUGGCUCAUUCUUUUACAUAUAUCUUGGAUUGUCUAUUACAUGAGUAAUAGUGAUGCUCUUAAAGCUUAUUACACAACUUACCAAAUCGGUUUUAUUUUUGCCCACUGCAUGCUAAAAAUGUCUGGAGCUAAACUAAUGUUUUACGUAAGCCAUCUUUGCUCAUAUCAGCGUUGGAGGCAAGCGAAGAGAUCGUUGAUUCUGUUUGUUUUAUAAAAUGACUAUUUUUGUAGCUAGAAUUUCAGUUGUUGGUUUUCAAUCCCGCAGCCUUGCUUUGUGGAUGGAAAUUUACCCGGGUCCGCUAUUUCAAAAAAUAUAUGUAGAACAAGUCCAGUAUAAAAUUAAGAUAAUAAAAUAGUCUUCUGCAGUUUGUUACUGAAAAUAUGGCAAAUUAUUUUGGUCCAAGUAUUCAAAAGAAAGUAGAGAGUAUAUGUGUGAUUAUUUAAGUUUAUACUCCUUGAUGCUGCUGCUUAUUUUUUUGAAAAGGUGCUUGCAGUUUUGCACAACAGAAAUCAGCUUUGUUAAUCGUUGGGUUCGAAGCACUUUAGGGUUCUUCUAAAUAAAACCAGUAUAUGGUGUAAGAGGGAAUGACAGAAAAAUAUUUGAUGUAUUUAAAUUUGGUUGCAAUCGUUGCCAUUCUGAUAGAUUUGAUCAGCGUUUUCCUUUCAGUUUGAACCUGUUCUCAGAGAUGCAGUAUUGGAGAUUUUUUUUUUUAUGGGCUAAAAUUUAACACGUAGUAAGAGAUCAUUUGAGAAACAUCCCCCUGCAUAAAUGCGUGUAGGGUGACUUCAGCAGCAGCGUGACGACGUAGGCAUCUGUUGCAUAAAGUAUGGCAAAGUCUUUAUCCUAUAGCAAGCUCAGCUAGCUACGAGCGCUGGGAUUUUUUCUUAAAGCAAAAAUCUUCUGUUACUGUUUGGCUCUUAAUCCUAAUCUAGAUGUGUAUACAGUGUGAGGCAGCAGCAUCUGCUUACACUGGGACUCCACUGUAACAGAUGCUCUGUGGAUACCGUAGGAGGAUGGAGCCUCCAGAGUAGUGCUCCAGCAGCCUGAUCCUCUGCAGCGUGCUUGCUCAAGUGCAUGCCCGUGUGUGCAUUUCCAGGCUGUGUCUUUACCUCGUAGUUACUUAAGAUAACAAAAGCAGAGGAGAAAGCAAUCAGGUAAGAGCCACAUUUUAUGUCUGCUACCUGAAACAGUAGUGCUAUUUGUUAGUGAUAACGAGGCCGGUUUAAUACCCAUAACAUGCGCUAUUAUUUUGUCUUCUAAUGGGGAAUAACUUUUUUUGAAGGGCCGUAUGUGUCACUAGCUUUUCUAUGAAUUCAGAUGCCUAAAUUGGUGCUAAUUUUUUAAAAGAAAAUGUAACAGAUGGUUAGCAAUGUAUUUGUCUGUUUUUGAUACCUAUAUUUUCUUAAAUUGUUGGCAAACCAAACUUUUUAAAAGGACUAAUGUGCAUUUUCAGCUUCAUCAGAUUUCCAAAUUUUCCUAAAGUCAAGCGUUUAAAAUUCCAUGGUAGUUACUGCUUCUUUGGAGCCAUUGUUUCAGGUGUUUUAUAUAUUAAUAAAAUGAACACGAUUAGAAAAGAUAGCAACACAUAAGUGCAAUCCUGUUCUGUAAGUUCCGGGUCAUGCUGGGUCCCACAGGUGGUUUCAGGAGUGUUGUGUCAUCCAGAAACCUAAACUGGGGCAAAUCAGAGAUCCUUGCGUGCUGGUAACCCAGAACAGCGAAGCCUUCUUGGAUCAUUAAAAUAACUUGGAGAGAUGAUAUGAUUUUUUUUUUCAUCUAUUUUAAAGAGAAAUGGAACAAAUGGAAAUAAUGAACUGUUUUUGUAUCAGUUCAAAUGUUAAUUCCAGAGAAUAUAUUCCGUGGUUUGCUCCAGAACACAUGCUAUUAAAGGGAAUGGUAGGCUCCUUGAGUGAUUUGUUAGGAAAUCUGGCCUUACCUAUGGUUCAAAACAGCCCCCCCAGGCUCUUGGUUCUGUGAGAACUCUGCUGGAAAUGCCUUCAGGCUGUAACUCCCCUCGAAACGCUCUGUCCGUCCCCUCUGGGCCCGCUUCGGGGCCCCGUUUCCAAUCGUCACGGAGUAGCAUCAAGCCCUGUCACUUGUUACGGUGUUCUGAUUUUAUGGCCUUAAUAUUAGUUACGAUACGGUGUAUAAUUUCAGAAGAAAGAUGCACUUUGAAGUCUGAUUCUAUAAACACGUGGCCUCUUCUGCCUAUGAAAUUAGGCUUUGAUUGUCGUGUCUCGUUCUUGAUGCUUGUGCAAUAGGAACAUGUUCCCUUCGAUGCAGUGACUAUUUUGUGUGAUGCUGGACUUUGUUUUCAGGAUGAUGGAAGGUAUUUUUUGUUGUACGGACAGCAGUCAUGCUUCCCUGGUUGUUUUUCUUUUUUUUUUGGAAUGAUUUUUUUUUAAGGGAAACUAGAAUUUCAUGAGGAAAGCUGCCAAUAACUAGUUCUGAUGUGCUAGUUACAGCCUUGUUCUGAAGCUUUUUUCUCCGAAAAUCUUACCGUAAAACAGUACUAAAGCCACUGUAAAAUUACAAAUAAACAUGUAUACUUAA